AUGGAUUUGGCCAUGGCAGCUGUUCUUCGAAGGAUGGAGGAGUUAGAGCAGCGCAAUGAAUUGCAGCGACGAGCGGAUGCGGGGAAGAUCCGGGAACUGGAAGCUCGACUAUGGCGGGUUACCAACCCGGAUCCUGAGCAAGCCAUUACGCAGGGGCAGUAUAAUGAUAGUCCUUUUGCGGAUAAGAUUGUAGAAGCUCCAUACCCGGAGAAUUUGAACUUGUCCGAGCUCAUCAAGUAUGACGGAACACAGGAUCCUCAAGUGCAUUUAGAUGCUUUUGACACAACUAUGUAUAUCAAGGGGAUAGAGGAACCCCUGAUCACGAGGCUUUUUGCAACCACGUUAAUCGGUGCGGCCCAGACAUGGUUUUCGUCAUUACCAACUGGGUCUAUCAGAUCCUUCGAAGAAUUUGGUGGACGAUUUUUGCUCAACUUUGCCACCAGUAAGAAGCAGCCGAAGUCAGAGUUUGCGCUGGGAAAGAUUAAGCAGCAACUGGUACCUAGGUUAUCGAAAAAUGCUCAUUUACAUCUGGUGAUAGUCGGGUUGCAUGGAACAUCGCGGCUAGCCAAGUCAAAAUACAAAGAGCCACCUCGGACCUUAGUAGAGUUCAAUGCACGCUCUAAGAAAUACCUAGAGCUUGAGCAGAUGGAGCUAGAAAAUGUAGACCAAAAAUGUCAACCUGGUCAGGGAGAAAAGCUCGGAGGUCGACGAGCAAAUGACCUUCGAGGGAAAAGACAAGAUGACAAGUUUCAGCUCAGAGGGAGGUUCGAUAAAUAUGCCCCCCUGAAUUCUUCUCGGUCGCAAAUUUGGCGUGAGGUUGCCUCAACAGAUAUGAAGAAGGUGGAAAGACCUCGGCCAUUGCAGAACCCAGCUGGAUUAGAUCAGUCCCGAUACUGUGCAUUCCAUGAUGGGCCAGGUCAUACCACAAAUGAAUGCUGGGACCUUAAAGACGCCAUCGAAAAGUAUGUCAGGGAAGGGAAGCUGCGGCAAUAUCUGAUCCGUACUCAAGGAUGGAGAAACAGAAAGAGGAGAGGGGGUCAGUUCAUGAGUCCCCCCAAAGAUAAGAAGUUCAGAGAGGAAGAUCGGGGUAAGAAGCCGGCCAGGGAAGACGAUGAGUUCCAGGAGCCAGAAUUCGAGUGUAAUGUGAUCGACGGAGCUUUCGGUGGCGGGCGUGACACUAUGAACGCCCGACGAAAAUAUUUGAGGGAGGUGCUCUCCAUUAGGGAACGCCCCAAGUUUAAAGAAGAAGAAGCAGAGCCGCCAUUGUUAUAUUUCACAAAGAAAGAGCUGGAGGAUGUGGUGCCAGGGCAUGUCGAUGGUUUGGUGAUUACAGGAACGCUGGUCAAUUGCAGAGUUAAGAAGAUUUUUCUAGAUAAUGGAAGCUGCGCCGACAUAAUUCUAUGGCAUGCAUUCCAAAAAAUGAAUCUGGAUGAGGAAGACUUGAAGCCAUGUGACACAGCUUUAAUUGCGUUUAAUGGCUGCAAUACCCACCCAAAAGGAUACAUUGACCUUAGACUAACUCUGGGAACUAAGGAGGCAUACAAAUCCGAAAGGGUGAGGUUUAUUGUAGCCGACUUCCCUUCAGAGUACAAUGUGAUUCUGGGGAGACCUGUCAUCCACGAUUGGGAUAUGUUAAUCUCAACCAAACAUCAAGAACUCAAAAUGGUCGGUAAGCAAGGUACGGUGCUUACCAUAGCAGGAGACCAAAAGGAAUCUCGAGAUUGUUACUUCAGGUCGGUACGGAUGGUAAAUAAAGAUUCUGAAGUGAUCGAUGUGCUUAAGCAGAAUAACCAUGAACCCUCAGAACGGAGUUCCGUUCAUGUGCUGGAGUUAGAUAUGAGGGACGAUACCCAGAUGCCAAGGUCGGAGCCUGAUGGAGAGCUAGAAGAGAUAGUUAUGGGUGAGCAGGGGCAGAUCACGAAAAUCGGCAAAGGAUCCCGCUUUCUGUUGCCACAAGUUAGUUGUUUAUCCCGGUUCAAAGCCAGUGGCCUAAAAGAAGAGGAAGCUCAGCUCGGAAUGCCGGCAGGUGCUGGAAGAUCACGUGAAGGAAUUGCUGGAGGCAGGAUUCAUCCGGGAAAUACAAUACACAACCUGGUUGUCUAA